UACUAUAUUCAGGUGUGUACUAUAUAUACAGAUGUGUACUAUAUAUACAGAUGUGUACUAUAUAUACAGAUGUGUACUAUAUAUACAGAUGUGUACAAUAUACAGAUGCGUACUAUAUUCAUAUGCGUAUUAUAUUCAGGUGCGUAUUAUAUACAGGUGUGUACUAUAUUCAGGUGUGUGUACUAUAUACUAGUGUGUACUAUAUACAGGCGUGUACUAUAUACAUGUGUGUACUAUAUACAGGUGUGUAUUAUAUACAGACGUGUGCUGUAUAUUGGUUUGUACUAUAUACUGGUGUGUAUUAUAUACAGGUGUGUACUAUAUACUGGUGUGUACUAUAUACUGGUUUGUACUAUAUACUGUUGUGUAUUAUAUUCAGGUGUGUACUAUAUACUGGUGUGUACUAUAUACUGGUUUGUACUAUAUACUGUUGUGUAUUAUAUUCAGGUGUUUACUAUAUACAUGUGCGUACUAUAUACUUGUGUGUACUAUAUACUUGUGUGUACUAUAUACUGGUGUGUGUUAUAUACUUGUGUGUACUAUAUACUUGUGUGUACUAUAUACUGGUGUGUACUAAAUAUAGGUGCGUACUAUAUUCAGGUGUGUACUAUA